AACACAUUCCUGACUGAUCCCGAGCCUCACGACACUUACAGUACGACUCCGAGUGUGUGUCUGGGUGUUUGGAUACUUUUUACACUGAGUUUAGAGAAGAAGAGAAAACACACAGAGCUCAGAACCAUGGUUGCUGCAGGACUCGGCUCGAUUCUCUUCCUUCUCAACAUCUUUGCUGUUCUCCCCGUGGGAUCAGCGUCACUUGAAGAUGUGCCCCAGAAACAGCCACACCUCAUUGGCUGCGUCUCCGCCAACAUGGAAACGUUCCACUGCAGAUGGAAUGUGGGCACUUUCCAGAACCUCUCCAAACCCGGAGAUCUGCGGUUGUAUUUCAUCAACAAAAAAUCUCCUCUUGCUCCUCCUCUGGACUGGAGCGAGUGUCCUCACUACACCACUGAUCGUCCCAACGAGUGCUUCUUUAACGAGACCUACACCUCCGUGUGGACGUACUACAGUGUCCAGCUCCGGUCAAGGGAUGGUUAUGUCCUCUAUGAUGAGGACUUCUUUAAUGUUCAGGACAUCGUCCAACCAGAUCCACCAGUGAACCUGAAGUGGAUGCUGCUGAAUGUGAGUGUGUCCAGCUCCUACUACGACAUUAUGGUGAGCUGGAAGCCUCCAGAAUCUGCAGAUGUGGAAAUGGGAUGGAUGACGCUGCAGUACGAAGUGCAGUACCGGGACGUAAACGCAGAAGAGUGGAUCACAGUAGAUCUUGUCAAAAGCACACAUCGCUCUCUGUAUGGUCUCCAAAGCAACGUCAAUCACGAAAUUAGGGUUCGCUGCAAAAUGCUGGCAGGAAAAGACUUUGGAGGAUUUAGCAGUUCCAUCUUUGUCCACAUUCCCUCCAAAGUGUCCAGAUUCCCGGUGAUGGGUUUGCUCAUCUUUGGUGCCUUGUGUUUGGUGGCCAUCCUAAUGUUAGUUCUCAUUUCACAGCAGGAAAAGCUGAUGUUCCUUCUUCUACCUCCUGUUCCUGGACCAAAAAUCAAAGGAAUAGAUCCUGAACUACUGAAGCAGGGGAAACUGAGGGAGUUGAAGUCCAUCCUUGGAGGUCCACCAGACCUCAGACCAGAGCUGUACAACAGCGACCCCUGGAUAGAAUACAUCGACCUGGACAUCGACAAACACAAUGACCGACUGAGUGAACAUGACAACAACUUCACCGUAGAUCACUCGGUCUCAGACAACUGCUUACUCGGCUUCAGGGACGAUGAUUCUGGGCGAGCCAGCUGCUGUGACCCAGAUCUUCCCAUCGAGCCCGAGGUGUUGAAUUUCCAUCCUCUAAUUCCAAAUCUCAGCAGAGAGCUGUACUCAGAGGCCUCUCAGUCAUGUUUACCAAUCCAAUCCCUGGUUACUGAGGCUCCUGGAUCUGACGAAGCCAUGUACACCCAGGUGAGUGAAGUAAGGUCUUCUGGCAAAGUUCUGCUUUCACCUGAGGACCAGGCUGAGGCGCUGAACCCUAGCAGCCAAAACACAGAAAAGAACCUUGAAUCAAAAAAAAAUACAGACUUCAAUCGGGACAUCCCAGAUCACUCAGCCUACACAUCAGUGCUCAAUGUUCCCUGCUCCGGACAGGGGUCACAGAGUUCAUCCAGUUCCUCAGUGAAGCCCGAUGAGAUGUCCAGUUUAAAUCGUAAUACAAUAUCUGCAUCAGCCCCUGUCUACACCGUGGUCGAAGGCAUUGACAUCCAGAACAGCCUUGUGCUGACGCCAAACUUUACACCUGCGCCACAGCUGAUAAUCCCCAAGGCCAUGCCUACACCAGACGGAUAUCUGACCCCUGACCUAUUAGGAAGUGUUACACCAUAAAUCAGCUCUAUCUCCUGCUGUUGACUCCCCGUGACAGUUGGAGCUCGUUAGCCUCGUUAGCAUUGCUAAAUUCCCGGAACCUUUAAUACUAAGAACACAGUUCAUGGAGGGGACGUGUUCCGAGAAUGGUGUCUGGUCUUUUCAUUGCAGUUAAAGUUCUGAUUUGUCAGCAUGUGCUGAUUUAGAGGGGGGGGGGAACACCAAGCACACGAGUUCCUCUUAUUUGACGUCUGUGUUUGAAAAUAACUAUUUCACAGGCAGUCCACAAUUAGUCCACAGACAACUGGGUUGGUAUACUUACCCCGGGUACCUGUAGAUCCAUGGUGGAUUCAGUAUCAGUACAUAUUUUUUAAAAAUCCCUUUUCGGGCUGAGUGCAUUGAUCACGAAUAAAAUUAUGAGAAACGUUCUUUCAAUUUAAGUCAGUUCUCAGCCACAGGUGUUCCUCAAAUGUUCAAUUUCAUUCAUUUUUUUUUGCCUUCAACCUCCUGCAGGUAAUUCCAGGCAGGUCGUCAUUGUUGGUCAUGCCGGUCAAAAUGCGGUUAUCAUCUCAAAAGUGCCAAUUGUCCCCGUCCCCUGUCUCCCUUCUGCCCGCACUCACAUUCUCCAAAAGCCAAGCGAGCUAAAGCCUUGUUGCCUCCAACACAUACGUCAAUUGUUUGUAUGCAGUUAAAGCAGUGUGAUUGAGGGCGAAAAUAGUCAGGCCUCUGAUUAAUAUGAUCUCAUCAUUGCUGUGAGCUUCUGCAGCAGCAUCUGACUGAUAUACACAUGGUGUGUGUUUUUUUUUGAGUAAAGACUCAAACACACACACACACAUACAUCUGCUAGGGCUGUUUUGUGAACCAGCAGCCUUUGCCAAUUGCUUUAUUUAUUGACCGCGUGAGGCAGCGGUUCACAGACUUUGCGAAAGCAGCAGGAGAAGUACUUAAGGAUAAGGAAAGUGGAAAGUGAACUACUUGUCAUUGGGACACAGCACACCACUGCACGCAACGAAAUGUGACCUCUGCUUUUAACCAAUCACCAAAGUAAGCAGUGGGCACCCGGGGAGCAGUGUGUGGGGGUGGUGCCAUGCUCAGAGCACCGGGACGGUCAGGCUGGGCUGGGCACAACAGCAUCUGUGAGUGCACCCUCAGAGGGGACGUUAAGGACAUAGUAACUUACAAUAGCCCUGGUGCAAGUAAACAUGUUAUAUUUGUUGAAUAUUUGUAAAGUAAGCCAGAGCAAUUCUGGGUCUGAAAAUGGUCUUAAAACCUCUUAGCACUUCGAGAAAAGCUCGAUGG